UUGUUUAGUUAUGAAGACUAUAUCUCCUCCUCAAGGAAACUCGUAACCUACCUUGAAAAAACAAAGCUAAUAAGGCUCCUUGUUUCCUUGGUCAAGGAAGGUUUAUGAAACAUGAAAUGAGGAACAAGGAAUCCUCAUUCCUCAAGGAAGAACUAUAAAUACGGAUAUUAGAGAGGCUCUACUGUACUUAUUUCACGCAUGCGCACUUUAUUUUGGCCAAUAUAAAAUCAGGAGAGUUGCGUUACUGUAUAUACUGUGCUUAUACUUGACAUCGGUUGAAUCAGUCGUUUGAAAGUCGUGUACAAUAUGGACGAUAUAGAACGUUUUAUAAGAGUUAUGCAACAAAAAAGAUUGGCUAAUCAGCUUGAAUUAGAAUGUCUCGACAAAGAGCCUAGUGAACAUAAAGAGUUAAUGAAGGAAUUGCGAGACUUGAGAAUUAUACAAGGCAUAAAUCUAUUGUUCAUAGGGGAGACAGAACAAUGCAAGGAGAACAUCACAAAACAUCUUAAUAUGAUAACAUCACACAAACACUCUGUACAUAAAAUAGUACAUUCUACGAGCAAUAUUUCAGGCUUACCUGUAUCACAUGAUUAUGCACGAAAUAUGACAACAAUGUUCAUUGAUGCAAUUGAAUUCUUGAAUAAUAUAGGAGAUAUUCACAAAGCACUCACUAAUGUUAAAGAAAAUAAUGUGGAUCCUUCAAAAUUAAUUCAAGAUGUGACAAUGUGCACAGAAGUUAUAGAAAACAAGUUAUAUCAAACAAAGUGCAGUAUUGCUCAGCUGGAAACAUUGAAGGAAAAUAUAGUAGUGCUCCAACAUCUCUUAGAUAAUAGUAAUAAUAUUGAAGAUGGAAAUAUAGAUUUAAUUAACAUCAAUAAUGAAUCAACAGAUAGCAGUUCAACUAUUAUGUAAUAAAUAUGUUAACACAUGCAUUUAUUAUCUGUUACUUAAAAUAUAUAAUAUAUUA